GAUCGUUUAUAAAUAUCAAAGAAAUAUAUUUGCAAUAAAGAUGAUCGGCACAGAUAAAAUUGUCUCAUAAAACCCUCGGUUAUAAUUUUGUUCUUUUUUCAUAUAUACAUGUGCAAACAUAUCGCGCAUAUAUACACAAAUCAUCAGAAAAAGGUGAUUCUUGUAUUCACCCGUCAGAUUCACGUCUUUGUGUCGCAUCUCGGCGAGGUGAUGUUCGCAUCGUUGUCUUUUUCGGGAAGAUCUCGGGAUCCGGCAUAAAACGCCGAGAAUAAGCUUGCGGUUUUUGUGCGCUUUGCAAUUGUCCGACCAUAUUGUGCCGAUAAAUCGCGUUUCGUCCUUCUGUGUGCGCGUGACGCGUAGUACGGAGGUUUUUUUUUAUCGCGUAUCCCAUGAGAGACGAUCGUUCGCACACGCGGUUAAAAAUUCGUCACGCUUACGCACGUUAUAUAUUGCUCAACGAAUCACAACGACAUUUUGUUAACAAGUGCUCCAAUUUGUGGGUACUUUCGUUUCACCAAGACACGAUGUCAGAGAAUAACAUGGCGCAUAUCUCGUAUGGGCUUGAUAGCCGUGGAAGAAUAGUGCGGAUCGAGUCGGGUAUAACCAGAGCAAAUAUCAGACGUUUUCCAAGCAUAGAGGAGGCUUUGAGGAGACUCAGUACAAAUUUAAGAACUGAUAGACAAGACAGUUCUAGUAAUGCAGAAGCAUCUGAUCCUCAAAUGGCACAAAUAACAGCAUACGAGGAGGAAAGAUCUCAGAACAUAUGGGAUGAGGCAACAGAUCAAGACUUGUCUGUUGACAUCACCGAUCAUGCACCUUCUCCAAAUCAAAAUACAUCUAGUGUGCCAUCUUUAACUUCAGAAGAAGACAGGAGAUAUUGCUGGGUGUGCUUUGCAACAGAUGAGGAUGAUGCAACUGCUGCUUGGGUUAAGCCAUGUCAUUGCCGAGGUACUACAAAAUGGGUUCAUCAGAGCUGCAUACAGAGAUGGGUCGAUGAAAAGCAGAAAGGUCACGCUGGACACUCUGUGGCCUGUCCACAGUGUAACACAGAAUAUAUUAUAGUUUAUCCAAAUAUGGGUCCGUUUGUGGUAGUGCUCGAUACAAUCGAUGCAGUUAUUUUCCGAGUGUGUCCAUUUAUUGCUGCUGGUAUAGUAGUCGGAUCCAUAUAUUGGACGGCUGUGACAUACGGCGCAGUUACUGUCAUGCAAGUGGUAGGUCACAAGGAUGGUCUUACUAUGAUGGAACAAGCCGAUCCUCUAGUUCUGCUGGUUGGCUUGCCGACUAUUCCAAUUAUGUUGGUGUUGGGAAAAAUGCUUCGAUGGGAAGAUCAGGCUCUCAGUUUCCUAAGGCGACAUGCGUCCAAAGUUCCUAUUUUGAGGCAUUUUCUGCCCAGUAGUUAUUCCGAUGAAGACACAAAUAUUCAAUCUGAGGAUAUACCGCCGAUGAACGAUCCAGUAUCUACGACUCGUGUUCUUUGCGGCGCUCUUCUAUUGCCAACCAUUGCUAGCCUUUGCGGAAGAUUAUUUUUCGAAAAUAUAAGCUCAAAUUUGCAGAGAACAUUGCUGGGUGGCGCAGCGUUUAUAACGAUAAAAGGCGCGUUUAAGUUGUAUCAUAAACAGCAACAAUACAGGAGGCAAUGUCAACGUCGCGUAAUGGACUAUACCGAGAGCAACGUAGCGUUGUACAGAAGACGACAAGACUCUGAUAGUGAUCGAAGUUAAAUAUAAAAUAACAACGAACGCAUAUUCGAAUGUCAGUUAAAUGUGGGUAUAAGUUCUUAAGUGUUAAGCCAGUUUGAGUUUCUCAUAGCAAUAUUCUGAGCGUAACGAUUUGGCGAAUAUAAAUCUUCCAUAUAGAAGAAAAAAGUCAUAAUAUUUAUAACGACUGUAUAAAAGACAGGUGUGGGAUUAUUAUAUACAUAUACAGAGUGAAAGAAAAAAUUACUAACUAGUUAACGAUCACAUAUUUAUCAAGAAAAAAAAAGUAACCUUAAGGAUGUCAAAUAUCGCGAGAAAGAAUGACGUUUGAAUUGUUAUAGAAUGGGAAGAAGACAUAGUAGUACUUUUUUAAACAAACUAUCAAACUAGCAUUCGUUCUGUAAAUUCUCCCUUGUAUGAUAUACGAAUGAAAAAUUGAAAUAAUUUAUGUACAAGUCAAACUUCCGUUUUAUGCUAUUGUCUAGCUUUAAUAUAUGAAAAAUCUAAUACGAUUUUUCUAUAUUAUUUCAAGAUAGAAAUGCAAGCACUAUUAACAGAACAUUAAUAGUGCAGAAAUUGCUGUGACAUAUUUAUUAUUUGAACCUUAUAACUAUAGACCGCAAUGUAUAGGCUAUAUAAAUAUAUAUAAAAUAAAAGUUUGAUUGUGUAUGUCUAUAUGUUGAUAAAAAAAAAAAAUCAUGUAUAUGCGCAAUUUAGCAUAUUAAAAAAGCUAAUAUAUAUAUAAGUUCUAUUUUGUACUCUACUUUCAUAUAUAUAUAAACGACUUGAAGG